AAAAAAAAAAAAAACAAUCCGCCCGGGCGUCCAUCUUGAAUACAGUAAGCCAACGUUAACGACGGCAACGGAGAGGGAAAUCGCGACAAAUUGAGCUCAGACCGCCAUACGACUGCGAAAACCCGGGCAAUACAGACCGAAGCAUUACAUUUAGUGUUGUUGUCGAUCAAUGCCGUCUCAUUGUUGGUGUCAUAUUCCCGACUGUGCUGAUGAAGUUAUUUCGGAGGCUGCGCGUGCUAAGCUGUAUCCAGCCGUCGACAUUUCUUAGUUUAAAAGGACUGCCUGUUUUAACUAUUCACCAUAGCUGUUCUUGAGACGCUUUCUGAGGUUGUUAUUUGAGUUAUUGAACCCCGACGGAAAUGUGGGUAUAGGACGUUUGGACAUACUUAAUUCCUCCGCUGUCAACUUGAGCUCGCGCUGAAUCGUGCGCGUGACCCCGUUUAUUUAACUUUAUAUAUAUGAUGUGUUAUACGACAUAUAUACCACAGAGUGCAUAUAGAAUAAACGAAGAGAGAUGUGAAAACAGUCUUUGGGGAUAUUAAUUUAAUUAUUAUCCCCUUAAAUGUACAUGCACUUCAUAUAUUGCCUUUUCAGGCUUGAGUGAUUUUGAUGCAUUACUUUGAUUGAAAUAUAAGUUCCUUUGCACCCCUAACUAUAUUUUAUGGCGGGUUCUAUGCAUAGGCUCUCCAGUUGUUCUGAUCAUUGGGGAUGGGAGCUGGCCCACUUGCUGAAAGGGCUUAUUGAACGGACUCGUUUAUUCUGAGCGCGCGCAAGGCAACAUUUUAUAGAUACAGUAUUCAUAUGGCUUGCAGUAGAAUCUCGCUAUUGAUAUGGGGUUUAAGAUAAACUGCGUGGACAGUCAUAGAUCACUGUAUAUCUUUUAUAGCUCGACGGCUUUGAAUGAACUAUCACCAGUGGACAUUUUGCUAUUUCUCAAUCAUUCAGCCUGAGGACUACAAACUGGCAUUGGAUUUGUGCAUUGGCAUAUAUCACUGAAUCUGUGACAUGGAUGUGUUUUACUGACUAUCGCUCAAUAGUGUUUUGAAGGAAACUUGAAUGCAAAAACGCUUGGAUUUUGUGGUAAAGGACAGCAGACUGAAAACAUGGGACCUGCAACAAAGCUUGCGUUUGGAGUGUUCCUCAUCUCUUGCUCCUCAGGUGCCAUCCUCGGCCGCUCAGAGACACAAAAAUGUGUUUUCUUCAACUAUAACCCCAGUUUGGAGAACCGAGGAAACCACAGCGGUAUUGAGUCUUGCGUGGGAGACAAGGACAAGAGACUUCAUUGCUAUUCAACUUGGCGAAAUGUGUCAGGAUUGAUUGAAAUAGUAAGGCAAGGCUGCUGGCUGGAUGACGUUAACUGCUAUGACAGCACAGAGUGCGUGGAGAAGAAGGAGGACCCUGAUGUAUUCUUCUGCUGCUGUGAAGGCAACAUGUGCAACGAGAAGUUCUUCUACAACCCUUACACACAGCUAGUUCAGAGUAAGACUCCCUUCAGCGACACAAACAGCAAAGUCUUUAAGGCAACAUCUAACCCCAUUACCCAGAAGCCCCAUCUGUUCAGCACUCUUCUUUACUCCAUUGUGCCCAUCAUGGGCAUUGCUGCCAUUGUCCUUCUCUCCUUCUGGAUGUAUCGCCAUCACAAGAUGGCAUAUCCUCCUGUUCUGGUUCCCACCCAGGACCCUGGACCCAUGCCACCAUCUCCCACUUUGGUCCAGAAGCCACUGCAGUUGUUGGAAAUCAAAGCUAGGGGGCGCUUUGGCUGUGUGUGGAAGGCUCAGCUGCUCAAUGACUAUGUGGCAGUGAAGAUUUUCCCCAUUCAGGACAAGCUGUCUUGGCAGAAUGAGUAUGACAUUUACAAUCUCCCCUGCAUGAGGCAUGAGAAUGUUCUGCAUUUUAUCGGGGCCGAGAAGAGAGGAAGCAACCUGGACAUUGAGCUGUGGCUCAUCACGGCUUACCAUGAGAAGGGCUCACUGACGGACUAUCUAAAGGCAAAUGUAGUGACGUGGAACGAGCUGUGUCACAUUGCUCAGACCAUGGCUCGAGGCCUGGCUUUCCUGCAUGCCGACAUCCCAGGACACAGAGAUGGCCACAAAACAGCAAUCGCACACAGGGAUAUUAAGAGCAAGAAUGUGCUGCUGAAGGCAAACCUGACAGCCUGUAUAGCGGACUUUGGUCUGGCUCUGAAAUUUGAGGCAGGAAAGUCAGCUGGGGACACACAUGGGCAGGUGGGAACCAGGCGUUACAUGGCCCCAGAGGUGUUGGAGGGGGCCAUCAACUUCCAGCGGGACUCUUUCCUCAGGAUAGACAUGUAUGCAGUGGGGCUGGUGCUGUGGGAGCUGGCGUCUCGCUGCACUGCAUCUGAUGGUCCAGUUGAUGAGUACAUGCUACCGUUUGAGGAGGAGGUGGGGCAGCAUCCCACACUGGAGGACAUGCAGGAGGUGGUGGUCCAUAAAAAGCUUCGGCCCACUCUUAGGGAGUGCUGGCAGAAACAUCUGGGCCUGGCAAUGCUGUGUGAGACCAUAGAGGAGUGUUGGGACCACGAGGCAGAGGCACGUCUCUCCGCGGGCUGUGUCGAGGAACGUGUGGUCCAAAUGCAGCGUCAAACAAGCAUCUCCGCCCCAGAGGAAAUAGUCACUGUUGUAACCAUGGUGACCAAUGUAGACUUCCCCCCUAAGGAGUACAGUCUAUGACUAGAGGAUAUCAGUAUGUGAAUUGCAGGCCGACUGUACAGAAAAGAUGCAUCUGGGAUGGUGAACUGCAGUUUCAGACAUGUUGAUGUCCUGAACUCACGGCUGGAACAAUGCCGACUAUGAAUUCUGCAACGAAUCUGGGUACAAUAAAGGUUUACCUUGAGCCAACUGUUAAUGUACGUGUGUGUAUAUAAAACUACCCCAACGGGGUGACCUGGUAAGGACGGAUGAAUUGUAAUCCACUACAAGGACCCCUGAAUCAAAAACGAACCUCUUCUUUGGCAUUUCUGUGUUUCGAGAAGGAUCUUUCCCUGUUGAAGGAGAAAAUCAGACCCCUCCGAACAGCGCUCGUGUCAUUUCAGUAUAAAAAAGGGCAACGUAAAAAAGACAUUUAAUGUGUUUGUAUGAAUGACUAUUGUAAUGCCAAUAAGCUUCUUGAAUGUGUAGUGUGACGCUGCUGUACAGAUAUCAACAGAAAGGGUGACGAUAAAAUCCAAAUCAACACUUGUUUGUCAGAUAACCACCAACCUCUCGACAAGGUAUACCUCAGUUUCUCAUCCUAAUAAUAUGUUUGUUUUGUAACACAAUAUAAUAUAAAAAAAAGAGGCUUUUCAAUGACCUCGGUUUGGCGCGGAAGCUUUUUAAAUACGGGGAACCUUUUUUAUAUGACAGAUUAUGCCAAGAAACGAUGGCCAUUCAUAAACCAGUGUUCUGCCUUCUUUCUUUUAGUUGAUGUUCUCUGUGUUGCCCUGCUGUUUCAAAUGUGAUAUUUUGUUUUUCAGCAUUGUGACCAUUUGUUGAAUCGACUUUUUGACCUUUAUCGAGACUUGUUGAGAAGAAAAAUCCCUGAAAAUAUGAAUUUUGCAGAAUAAUACAGAAGCACUUACCAAUAUAGGUUUGCGGUGUCCUCACAACAUUGACGUAUUUGCAUGCCUUGUGUUUUCUUUUUUCCAUUUCUUUACUGUUUUUCUUUUUUUUUUUUUUUCAAAUGUUAAUCAUGUGGAAGUUGUGCAUGAAAUUUCAUGAACAGUUAUGGAAAAGCCCUUGUAUUCAUUAUUCAUUGAGCUAAACUAUUUCCUGGCUUCAGGGUGUCACUUUUUUGUUUGUUUAAUUUCCAUUUCAUUUGUCUAAUCCUGGUCUUCUGCGAUCACUGUCCACUUUUGUCAUACUGCGAGUAGAAGAUACCCUCAAGCUCCACUAGAACCAGCCAAAUAAUGAUGCCCAACCUCAUGAGUGACAUCGUAAAACUGGUUUCAGAUCAGCAGCCAGACAUCUGUCUACACACAUCCACAAGAACUGUAUCUCAAGAUGUCUCAGGAAGCGUUUCCCUUUGCUUUGAGCCCUCUGGUGCCAUUCUGGUGACCCUUGUUUUAUUAUGUAUGAAAGGGUCCUUGAUAUAACACCUUAGUGUGGUCAUAUUAUGUGCAAUAACAUCACAAGCAGGGACUGUUUCACAGCUCAUAGACCACUUCCAGUAUGGUAAAAUACAAGCGCCUAGCAAAUUGCUGAAAAGACCCUAAACAUAUAUUGUGAACUAAAGUCAACAUCAGGCUUAUGGCACUGCUAUGCAUAUGUUAUGAUGCCCAGUUGUCUGAGAGAUUUAAGCUAUUAAUAAGCUGUAAUAAGACCGAAAGUUCAGGUCCAUUCAGCCGUAUGCAAUCAGCCCCUUUCAAUGAAAGCUCUUUCUCUACUGUAGCACUCUAAUCAGCCUGUUCUGUUUAUAUUUCAUCUGAUUGUUUCCGCUGUCCAGAGGAUUUGAGGAUGAUACAGUAAACUAAGGUUAUGUGCUAUCUUCAAGGGUAGAACGAGAGCGUUCACCUCAUCUCCAUGCACACAUUGUGAUGGUGGCCCUGUUCCAAAUGGCGCACUUGAUGUGAACUUGCGAACUUAAGAUGGCCACCACAUGUGCUUGACCGUAAAAAAGACCAUAUGAUGUCCCAUUUGUAAUUUUAGGCUUCAAAAGUACGUAUGCUCAUCAGCACCCCUUUGGGGCUGCUUUGUGCCCUCAAUGUGCCGUUUUGCAGAACCCACGCUGAUUCCACUGGACCCCACAGCAGACUACUACACAACAGUUUAAGGCUAGGGUAUACUUCGUUUUUCUGUGUGCCGUGAUGUCUUUUGCACAGUUGAGUGUUCUAGCCUUUCAAAGGAUUCUCUUUUGACCACGAGCCCAUAAGGAUGUGUUUGACUAGUCUUUUGUGAUACUUACUGCUUUCAAACAGGCAUACUUCCCCCACUCUGUAGUAUCCCAAAAUCAGUAUGUCAGUUGAGUAGUACAUCCAAAUCCUCAGUACUCAUAAAAAAGUAGGCAAGAAAUACCCUGAUGACCUACUACAUUGGGCAAGUUUCUGAAAUACGCGUCAAACUCAUAAUGUCUCUGGAGUUGAGGGGACGUCAGAUUAAAAAUUCUGAAUAAAAAAAAAAAAAGUUAUCUUCAAUUGUAAGUGCUAUAUAUAGUGUGUGUAUACAGUAUCUACUGUAUAUACCAAGAAAGUUUUUCCUAGACGUUAAAUUGUACUUGUUUAUCAAAACCAGAAUACAUUAUUUUCACGGUUUUUGUUACUACGUUAUAUAUUCGGGUCAUGGGACAAUGCCCAUGCUCUCGGAUAAAGCAUGUCCGGGAAUGUAUUCAUACUACUCACCUGCAUACCUCAAGGUAGAGAUGUACUUACUUCAUCAAAUGCAGUACGUUCUCUGACAGUGCGUUAAUUCGGCGCAGCUACCCUUUGGUACAGUCAAUUCCAGGUGCAUGCGUAGACAACGUGCACAGAUGUGCACUGUCCGCUUGUCUAGAAAAACCUGGCUGCAUGCAAACUGUCUGCAAGUACUGUGCCUAUAACAUUUCUGUCAUGCACACUGUGCACUAGACAUAAUGGCACGUAGAAGAACGAAGUACACUUUGCCCUUUAGACGGCAUUGUUUCACCAAAGCAUGGACACAGACAAGGGCCACAAGGGCUUUGGGUGGAAUUUGGGACACUGUCUUUGUCUCUGCAGACGCAGAAUUGAACUCUGAUACACUGGUAUGGUCACACAGCUACGAGACCAAGCCAAAGUUCUGGUUUAUUUGCAGACAGGGUUAGGACAAGUGACUGUUCACAUUUGCUCUUUAACAUCCCGGUUCGAGAGCCUCUCUUCAUAGUCCUAUUCAGGGAGGUUCUUGUGUCAGUUUUUGCAAUUCACCUUUGACUAUAAACACUAAUGAAGUUUCACUAAACAUGAGGAAUUGCUGCGGGCUUGUAUAUUGUUUUCACCAGGUGCUGUCCUGUUCCCCCGUCUGUUCUCAAAGUCUGGUUUUCUCACAACUAGUUAAGUGAAUCUGGUCUAAAGGAAGUUGAAUAAGGACACACCCCUCAGAAGAAAAGCCACAUAUAGUAAAGACUCGAUUGAAAAUGCACAGUAUGUACAUAUGAAUGUUGUUUUAGAUUGUGAAAAGAGCGUGAGUUUUUUUUAAAUUAUUAUUAUUGUCUCAAAGUAAAAAAGAAAAAAACUUUAUUGAUAUAAUUAUUAUUAUUAAACAAAUAUUUUAAUGUUUAUUUUGUACAUCUGUAUUUUAGUUUUAUUAAUUUAUGUCAUGGCCCAACUCAUUUUUUUCCGAAUUUAUAAGAAGUUUUUUUUUUUUUUUCUGGAUUUAUGAGAAGCUUUCUCUAUUUAUAAAACUGGUCUGAUAAAAGACUACACAAGUAAUCAGUCCUUUACCUCAACAAUUUCACAGUGUAGCACGACAGACAACAUUGUGCAACUUUGCAAGUAUUGCUCCUGGGAUGCGACCAGCAGCUUCUCUCUUUCGUCUUUGAUCUCAUACACAAUCUUGUGUCUUCAGUGAACUACAGUAUACCAUUGAGUGAAUGUCUCCACUUUACCAAAACUCUCCAUUUUUGGUGCAAGCAGCUGUAUUACCGUUGUGCAGGACAUGCCAUUUUUGUCCAUUCUCUCCAGUAUUCAUUCAGGGCCUGAUCAGACAUAAUAGUUACAUAAUGUACAGAUAAAGUUUUAUGCUACUACUCCCCUCAAAUAAAGUAUAAUGACUGCUCUCGAAUCUGUGCUGUGUGUUUCAACUACUGGAGUGCCACUGAACUUUACCCUAAAAAUAGACAUUAUUAACACAUUAUUGAUUGAACUAUUGACAAUUUGAUUUUCCCAAAUCUGUAAUAUACAGCCUUACAUGUGUUUGAUGAAUAACUGUCCUGUAUAAACACGCCACUAGAUGUCAGCAUUUGACCUCAUUCUGGAUACUUUCAUUCAGAUUGUAAAACUUUCCUGAUACUCUAUUACGCUGACUUUUUAUGGCCCGGUUAUUGAAAGCAAAUUUGUAGUGUAUUUAUUAUACUAACCACAUUACAGCAACCUGUAUGCAUAGUGUGGAAAUUCUAUACUGUUUUUCUGGAAUAUUAGAGAAAAAAAUGUAUCUUCAUGAAUUACAUGCAGGCAUGUAUUCAGCUUGCAUACAGGCACUGUUAUGAAGUAUCAGCAAUCUUUCAUUUAAACACUUAAAACAACCAAAUAGCUGUAAAAUGUACCUUUAAGUUAUUAACUUCAUGAACAUCUUAUUUCAUUUUUCACAUUUGGAUGGUUUUGGUGUUAUAUUAACUAUACUGCUGACAUUGCUGUGGGUUUACAUACAGUAUGGACAUUAAAUUAUUCAUUGAUGCAAUGAAUAAACUAACUAUUUUGCAGUCACUUAUAUUAAUUAGUUAUUUAUACUAUUAGUGUUGACAUCACAGAUCUAAGAAAUUAUGGGUUUAAAAAUUACUUUGAAAAAUUAUGUAAUUGAAAAAUCAUACAGUAUGUUCAAGACAAGAGAGAAUCUGGUAGAGUUUGUGUAUGUGUACUGUAGUUGUAUCUUUCUACUGAAAAUGUUUCAAAAACUUACACAAAUCUAUCACCCCUUGCAUGCUUAUUAAAUAUUUUAACAAGCUAAUUUAAGUGUACUUUCAGCUACCAAUAUGAGUGUAGUACUCUUAGCUCCAUUUAAUACGUUUUACCAUGUUUAUAUCUAUUCCACAGAAAAGUCAGUGAUAGUGAUAACAAUAUAUAUACAGUUGUGCUCAAAAGUUUGCAUACCUUGGCAGAAAUUGUGAAAUUUUGGCAUUGAUUUUGAAAAUAUGACUGAUCAUGCAAAAAAACUGUCACUGAGCAUCUUGGACUUUCCAGCACGACAAUGACCCUAAGCACAAGGCCAAGUUGACCCUCCAGUGGUUAUAGCAGAAAAAGGUGAAGGUUCUGGAGUGGCCAUCACAUCUCAUUGUUGUGCUGGAAAGUCCAAGAGCGUCCCAUGCGCAGCUUUCGUGCAGAAGAAUGCAAAUUGUCUGCCAGUAUUUUCUGAUAACAUGCUGCAUUCAUCUUGCCAUCAAAUUUCACAAGAUUCCCCAUGCCUUUAGAGCUCACAAACCCCCAAAACGUCAGUGUGCCACCACCAUGCUUUACAGUGGGGAUGGUAUUCUUUUCACUAUAGGCCUUGUUGACCCCUCUCCAAACAUAGCGCUUAUGGUUGUGACCAUAAAGCUCUAUUUUGGUCUCGUCACUCCAAAUUACAGUGUGCCAGAAGCUGUGAGGCAUGUCAAGGUGUUGUCGGGCAUAUUGUAACCGGGCUUUUUUGUGGCAUUGGCGCAGUAAAGGCUUCUUUCUGGCAGCUCGACCAUGCAGCUCAUUUUUGUUCAAGUAUCGUCGUAUUGUCCUCCUUGAAACAACCACACUGUCUUUUUCCAGAGCAGCCUGUAUUUCUCCUGAGGUUACCUGUGGGUUUUUCUUUGUAUCCCGGACAAUUCUUCUGGCAGUUGUGGCUGAAAUCUUUCUUGGUCUACCUGACCUUGGCUUGGUAUCAAGAGAUCCCCAAAUCUUCCACUUCUUAAUAAGUGAUUGAACAGUACUGACUGGCAUUUUCAAGGCUUUGGAUAUCUUUUUAUAUCCUUUUCCAUCUUUAUAAAGUUCCAUUACCUUGUUACACAGGUCUUUUGACAGUUGUUUUCUGCUCCCCAUGGCUCAGUAUCUAGCCUGCUCAGUGCAUCCACGUGAGAGCUAACAAACUCAUUGACUAUUUAUACACAGACACUAAUUGCAAUUUAAAAAGCCACAGGUGUGGGAAUUUAACCUUUAAUUGCCAUUUAAACCUGUGUGUGUCACCUUGUGUGUCUGUAACAAGGCCAAACAUUCAAGGGUAUGUAAACUUUUGAUCAAGGCCAUUUGGGUGAUUUCUGUUAUCAUUAUGAUUUAAAAAGGAGCCAAACAACUAUGUGACAAUAAAUGGCUUCAUAUGAUCACUAUCCUUAAAUAAAAGACAGUUUUUUUGCAUGAUCAGUCAUAUUUUCAAAAUCAAUG